UCAAAGAGGAUCACAAUUUGAAAUGGAUAUGAAAAAAGGAGAAGAGAGUGAGAAGAAAAUGUAUUUUACUUCAGAGAAUGGUGAAUCUUCAAGCUUUCCUAUAAUCUCCGGCGCCGACAAGCUUGAUCAUUUCUCCAAAACUGGUACCCUCCCUGAGGGUGAAGAAACAAUUGAAGUAGUUCUAAAACUUCCAGCACUUCGGCUAUCUUCUCUACUUGCAGCAAUGGAAUUAGAAAAGGAUACAAAAAUUUCAUUGCCACCACCAUUUACAAAUCUCCCAAGUAUCUUAACGGGCCAUUCAUUAAUCCCUCUCCCACCCACAAGUGAAGAACAACAAUACAAUAAUCCAUCACAUGAAAGAACAAUCACCUCUGGACCAAGUAGUUCUUCUUCUUCUGAGCUUCCCCAGCUCGUGUUUAACGGAGUUCUGGCUCUUUUCCUUCGAGUUGGAUCAUGGCAGGUGGUGCCCAAGAAUGAUGGUGAUUUGGUGCUGAAAUUUGAUUAUAGAAACAAGAAGGUAACUUGGGAGAUUGUGAGGGAGGGGCCUUCCAAGCACAAGAUUGAAAUUGAUUGGUCUAAUAUCAUAGGGAUUGAAGCUGCCAUUGAAGAUCAUAGACAAGGAAUCCUCCAACUUGAGCUGCAAAAACCACCAAGAUUUUACAAGGAGAUUGAGUCCAAACCACAUAAGCAGCCGAAAUGGGCAGAUGAAUCGGAUUUUACAGAUGGGAGAGCUUCUCUAAACAGGAGAUACUUUGCUGUGUUUUCACCGGGAGUGCUCGGUACACAUUAUAAGCGACUAAUGAAAAACAAGCAUUUGUUAGAAGUAAGCCAAAAGUCAUUUCCAACGACUCAAUCCCCUUAUUUUCCCCAGCUUUAAACUCUUACUUUAAGGAUGUAAAGUUGAUAGUUUAUUGAAACUCAU